AUGAGUGAGUACCUCCCUCUAACCCUCUGCAUCCAUCAUCCAUCAUCCCUCAAAAACCACGUUCGAACCCACAGCGAAACGCCGUGCUCUCGAAACCUCCAGCCCUCCAAACAUGCCCGCUGGGCGGAGCGGGCGGCUUCUGCAGCCACUCAGGCCCUGCAUCUCUCUGUGCGAGCCUCUGCCUCCUCCCCACUGGCACAUCCGUCGCACCAUCCACCCGCCGACUCCUCAUCAGUCCCUCCAGUGCCUCCUUCAGGCCCUCCCGCUGGGCGUGGACGGGCUCUGACUGCCUCGGGCCCAUCUGCUUCACCGCGUUCGCAGACUCCCGUCGUCGUUGCUCCCAGCUCCCACUCGAGCCCAGACGGCAACAGCACCGUCGAACGGAAGCACUCGCUCUCAUACGGCCACCACCGCCAGACGUCCAUCGUACAUGGCAUCCAACACUCGCGCAACACGAGCUUUGUCAACUCGCCCGCGACCAGUCCCCUGAGUCCCCUUCCGCUUCCUGUCAUCACCGCUGGAAAUGCGAGUCCCGAUGGCACCGCCAUGACCCAGGAUAGCCCCUCCGAAGCCUUCACGGCUGGCGGAGUCCAUGUCGCGGUUGCGGGCCUGGGGAAUGCUCACUCCAGUGCCGUGACUUCUUCCUCUACUGCCCCCCGCAAACCAGAAAGGGUCCACAGCGGGCGGCGCAAGGAACACCAUCAUCAGCGCUCCCAGUCCCGGCACCCGCAGGGUACCAACGAGGUGCGAACAAUGAGCGAAUACGCAAUGACACACUUGUUCCACGAGUUUAACAUCCAAGCCGACCACAAGAUCGCCCAAUGCUUGGAUGAUCGGAACCAACAGGAUAUCUACCCCGAGCGUGCCUGCGGACCUGGCGUGGACCCGUCUUUUGAUCAGCUCUUAUCGGCCCUAGGCCACAUUGCUCGUCACAAGCCCAAGUCCCUGAUUGACACUAUGAUGUUCUGGCGCAAGGCAAAGAGUGAAGCAGCCGCUGAGCACAGGACGCGAUUGGCAAAUGCGAAGAAAGCCCAAGUGCUACCCACGUCGGUGCUGCCUCGUCGAAAUACAGAACCACUCCAUGUUGCUUCGGAUGGCCAAACGCCAAUCACCCAAGCCGUAGCUCAAGAAAGGAGCAUAGUUGCUCUCCAACACGCUACCUGGCAAUACGAGCAGCGCUCCACAAUAUCUACCUACAUCCUGUGCCGUGUCCUCAUCGAGAUUAUCUCGCAAACGGAUCUUCAAUCUCUCACCCAAGACAUGGCCGAGCGCCUACUGGGCAUCUUCUAUGCUCAACUCAACACGGUCGAUCCCGAUGAAGCCGACGACUCCCCCUUGCAUCAUGCUAACUGGGUCAUGUACGUGGAAUUGCUUGGGGUGCUUAGUGACCUCAUUUUCGACAAGAUUCAGGAGAAGUUCAUCGCCGACCUACAGACUUUGGAGGGUCAGCUCUCCGCGAAGGGACAAGCGAACAGGGAUCUCGAGGGGAAGAAAGCUGCGCUCCUCGUCCGGAGUAUGAGACGCCUCCGCGUCAAAUCCCAUCCAGGCGAAGCUUGGGCUCAAACGUGUGACUGCAUGCUCUCGCUUGCCAAGCUAUUUGCCAACGCCCACGGACAAAUGCUCAAGUAUGCCUACUGCCAGGUCCUGAGGGAGCUCCUGCAACGCAUCGCCUCGAAGCCGGCCUUCGACCCGAACUCUCCCAAGUGGAGAGCUGUUGUGGAGACGAUGAGACCCCGUUUGGCCUUGCUGCUGAGUAAGCCCAAACACUGGCAGGAAGCAUUCCCGCUCAUGGUUUCACUGCUCUGUGUUUCGCCAACCGAGAGUUUUGUAGCGCAAUGGUCGUCACUAGCGCUUUCGAUACAACCUAGGCUCAAAGAACGCGCCACGAGGGCUGUUGCUCUUCGUGGUUUAUGUCAGCUUGUUUGGACUUAUAUCUAUCGCACGACUGUAGACUCGCCAAGCAUCGUCGUUCGCAAACUCGACGAGAUCGUGCGCAUGGUCUUUCAACCAGGAAGGCGGUCCUAUCUGUCCACCGACCAACCCAUCGCAGAUCCGCUGAUUCAACUUACACGCAUCAUUGGUUUUAAAUACCAGGAUCUGUGUUUCAAGGCAAUCAUAUUCCCUCUCCUCAAUUCCGAGAUGUUCGCAUCCGGCCGCGACCUGCGUGUAGAGAAUAUGGAGCCGGAUCGAAUGGUUAUUGGGAUCCGAUCAUUCUUGGCCAUCAUGGCAGACCUGGAAAAGGGCGAGCGUCCACCCUUUCCAUGCACUUCGGACACCGAGACACCCGGUGAAUCGAUAGAGUUGCCGCCUCCCCCUGCAAGUCCGCGGGGUCCUCAGCAGUUACCCAUCAAAUCCUCCCUGCUGAAGGAGGAGCGACUCUCGCGACCCGUCAACUUCUCGGGAUUUGCAGAAGUCGCCAAGGAAUAUUACGUGCGAUUCUGUAAAAUACUCGGAGAGAUCACCAUCAUAUGCGACAAUGCCUUCGGCGGCCAAGCUGUCCUCGACGAAAAGUUCUCACUACAAACGCCCAAAACCCCCAUGUCGGACGCCUUUAGCUUCACCCGCAGAGACGAUCAGGGCUCAACAGAUCCACGCCAAGGGUUCUAUGGUUUGCUUCAUGUUGCUGUUCAAGCGCUACCUCGCUGUUUAUCUCCCCAUAUCCCUUUUAAUUCACUUAUUAAUCUCCUCUGUACCGGGACCGCUCAUGUUCAGAGAGAUAUUGCAGCUUCUUCGGUACAGUCUCUCAAAUCAAUUGCACGCCAGUCACAUGCCCAACAAGUUACAAUCGGUUUCGCUCGCUUUAUUUUCAACUUUGACGACCGGUACGCGACCAUGUCUGAUGGCGGUAUGCUAGGACCUGGUCACAUCGAGAGUACCCUCAAGCUCUACGUAGAGCUUCUGCAGAUAUGGAUCGAGGAGAUCAAAGAAAAGACGCGCAAAGCAGCGUUGGACACGCCAGAUGACGGCAUAUCAGGUAACAGAGGGGCCCAACUCGACCUGUCCUCCGUGUGGGCUCAUGUCGAUGAGAUUGAGUCACACGGACUGUUUUUCCUUUGCUCACCAUCGCGCCGUGUGCGCUGGUACGCCGUGACUGUCCUUCGACUUAUCACAGAGUUCGACAAAGCAUUAGGAGGUUCGAGCACAAGGAUUAUUCGCGUGAUGGAGGGCAGUCCACAAAGGGUCAUGGACAUCAGUCAUGAGAAGCUAUCGCUCGCCGAACGGAGUCGCCUGCAGCGCGGCAUGCGAAAGAGCAAUGUCCAAAGCACCUUGGUGGAGUUGUGCAGCAGUGAUGUUCCCUACGACUCCACGCUCUGGUUCAAAAUUUUCCCAAACCUAGUGCGCAUUAGCUUCGAGGUUUGCCCGUUUGCGGUCACACUUACCCGAGACAUUGUCUGCGCAAGGUUGACACAGAUGCAUCGCACUUUGCACUCUCUUAUAGAGGGGCCGCGAGGAAGUCCCUAUCCGACCUUUGACUCCAGCUUCGGCAAGAUAAGUGGGCGUCUCGCAUCAACAUCUCCGGAUAUUGUCAUCGAACAAUGGAAACUCUACCUGAUCUUCGCUUUCACAACCUUGACCAACCUAGGCUCCGCUGGGCAGGCCAACCUUCGGACUCAACCUGUCCAACACUCGAGGAAGAGCUCCAAGUCCUCACAGAAGAGUGCUAGCAAGGUCUAUACUGCUGGUGAACUCUUCGCCAAAGUCCUCCCCUUUCUGUCGGUUGACAAUGCCGCUGUCCGUGACGCUGCGGUCGUCGGUCUGGGUUCCAUCAACAUAAACCUCUAUCGCUCUCUUCUGGAAGCUUUACAGGGACAUGCUCUGGCAUGUGCUGAGGAAGCGAAAACACGUCUAGGUAUGCAUACACGGACGGUUAGUAGUCCGCGUCGGAGCCGUCGCACUGAUCACCUACGGACUGAAAUCACGCACGUGUACAAGCUCACGUCUCAUUUUCUUAAGAUGCCGGAGGCAUACAACGAUGACUGGAUUCUCAAUAACGUAGUGAAUUAUACCAAAGACCUGAGGAUCUUCUUGAGCGAUGCUGAGGUGCAGAAUGAGUGGGGCUUUCAGAAAUUGCGCACACACUACUGCGGUUUGGUCGAGGUUCUGUUUGAAGGUAUCAAUAUGACGAAGGAUCCUCUUCAAUGGAUGCCCUUCCAGGCUCGGAAAGCUGCGUUCACUUUGAUGGAAGAGUGGUGCGGCUAUUCAGCGAAUCAGCAACAAAUCCGCCAACGAGAAGAGAAUAUGAGGAGGUCAAUGUUGGACCGGGAAUCUGACCUCGGAAACAAGGGCAUAGCAACCGCUGCCAUGGAGAUUGAGAAGAGGGACCUUCGCACGGCGGCUCUCAGCGCUAUGGCCGCAUUAUGUGCGGGCCCGGUGAGUAUCACCACGGACAGUAAAGUGCUUCUUCAAUUCGAUGUCCGGCGCAUGCUCUCUUGGAUCGACAGCAUCUUCGAAACCCCGAGCGAUAGAACCCACGCGAUAGGGCGUCGAGCCCUCACUAACCUAAUUAUACACAACCGUGAGCAUCCAUACCUCUUGGAUCGAGCGAUCGAGAUGUGCUACCUGUCAAAGUCCUCCAAAUCUUUGGAAAGCUAUUUCGAAGUAGUUACUCGUGUGCUGACAGAACGUGAGGACUAUACUCUCCCAUUCUGGAAGGUUUUGAGCGCUGGUCUCUACACGCUAGGACAUGAGAACAACGGGAUUCGCAUGAAAUCUGCACGCCUGCUCCGAACACUUGAAGCCCGAGAACAGAAAAAUUCCAAGCUCCAAGACCUUGAUAUAAGCAUCUCAGACAAGACCAUUGCAGUCUAUAAGCUUGCCCAGUUUGAGACGUCGCGAAGGCUGGCCAAGCAGCAUUCCGAACUCGCCUUCAUGGUGUUUUCGCAGUUCUCAUACUACUUUAAAGAAUUGCAGCCAGACCAUCAGCGCAACAUGGUAGCCGCAAUGCUACCCUGGGUCCAAACCGUUGAGCUUCAGAUCAACCCUGAGGGAGGUCCCACUGCUAAUUCUUACAUGCUGCUGGUCAAUCUGUUCGAGAUCACAGUGCGGUGUAGCAAUGCCCUCCACAACGAAAUCCAAGCGCUUUGGCAGGCACUUGCAACCGGGCCAUAUGCUGGCAAUGUCCAACUCAUCCUCAACUUCUUUAUCAAUCUUUGCCUCGAUAAACGAGAGCAAAACUACGUGGAUGUUGCGAAACAGAUUGUUGUCCAUCUUUCCAGUACCCCAGCCGGGCUUAAGGUCGUCGAAUUCCUCCUUCUACACAUCAAUCCACGAUCCAUGGUGGUCGAAAAACGCGAGCCCAGUCCACCACCACCGGAUGCUGUCAAUCUGCCGUAUCUUGCUGAUCUCGAUGCUUUGCUACCCACUAGUGGCAAUAAGCACUCGGGAUUCGCCUUGGGACAGAUAUGUCUCAUCCUCCUCGUGGACCUCAUGGUUUCUCCCGUUCAGUUGGCUAGUGAACACGUGCCUUUGCUCCUGCAAGUGGUCAUGGUUCUGUGGGAUCAUUACAUUCCUGUGGUGCAGGACCAAGCAAGAGAGAUGCUCGUUCAUCUAAUACACGAACUAGUGAUAUCGAAGAUUGAUGACGAGACCGUGGGCAUAGACAAACGCGCCAUCGAGGAUUUUGUUGAGAGUGUCCGGCGGCAUGAUGCUAAAGUCGUGUGGAACUACGACGACAAGAGCGCGAAAGAUAUGACGGACUCCGGCAGUAAAGUACUCGAGUCCAUGAGUUAUGUCGCAGGCGAAGUAUUGAAGUUCUUCUCCAUUACAUAUCCCGGGUUCAGAGAAGCUUGGGGGAAAGUUGCCCUCAACUGGGCGACCUCAUGCUCAGUUAGACACGUCGCUUGUCGCUCGUUUCAACUCUUCCGCUGCAUUCUAAGCUCUCUGGACCAACAGAUGCUUGCAGACAUGCUUGCGAGACUCUCGAACACCGUUUCCGACAGUGAGAGCGACAUCCAGACAUUCUCGUUGGAAAUCUUGACGACCUUGAGAGCCAUCAUCGAGGCCCUUCAACCAGAAGAUCUGAUUCAAUAUCCGCAGCUGUUCUGGGCCACUUGCGCCUGCCUGGACACUAUUCACGAAAGCGAGUUCAUGGAAAGCAUGCUCAUGCUCGAUAAGCUUCUCGACAAGAUUGAUUUAGGUGAUCCAGACAUCAUCCAGAUUCUUGAGGAUAACUUUCCCGACAAAUGGUCCGGCCAAUUCCAAGGUUUGUCUCAACUGGUUUACAAAGGUGUUCGCUCCAGCAUUUGUCUCGAUCGCUCUUUGCGACUUCUCGAGAGACUUGUGGAGUUCCCUUCCAGUCGAAUUGUGGGUGAUCACGGCCGCCUAGUCUACACGGUCCUUGCCAACAUGCCACGCUUUCUGCAGUCUUUCGACCAGAGCGAGAAAGACAUGACCGUCAGCGCCACCGCCACUGUCCUCGCUCGCGUGGCAGAAGGGUACAAUUGCCCGGAUUUGUUUGAGGCUUUGACGGCGUUUGCGAAUAGGCGCUACCGAUACGACAAAGACUUUGUUGCACAAACAAUGUCUGCCAUCCGUCUGGCCUUCUUCCCUGAAUUCGAGUACGGUAGUCUUGUGUUCCUGCUCAGCCUCCUCACCAACAAACUCGACUGGAUGAAAAUCAACACCAUGGAAGUUUUGUGCUUCAUCAUACCAGAGAUUGACAUGCGUAAACCGGAAAUCACCUCCAAAGGAUCAGAUUUGAUCUCGCCACUGUUGAGAUUGCUGCACAACGAGUACUGCCCCCAAGCACUGAAGGUGCUGGACUCUAUUAUGGACAUGGCGGGAGAAGCGAAUGCCCUGGAGAACCAGCACCUUCGCAUGAGCAUGGCGGGAGGCCACAGUACCCGAGCCACGCGAAAACAGUACGCACAAACGCAGUCUCUGUACGGGAUACCGGAGGAGAGCGGGUGGUCAGUGCCUAUUCCCGAUCACCACGCGCAGUUGACGAGAGCGAAUGUUCACGCCGUCUUCUACACUUGCGGCACUGUUGAGGACAACGAUGCCACGCAGGUGGACACGCCCAAGAUUGAGUUCCGCCAGGAGGAGAUCCUCUUCAGCCCCAUAUCAGACUACCGAACCGCAACCAUGACAUCCGAGGAUACCCGGGGGGACAGCCACAUUGGAGAGCUUGUUAUGAAGCUGGAUAGUCUCGAUGAUUUCUUCGAGGAAGACGACGAUGACACCGAAACCCUCACCGAUCUUCCAAACAGCUCAAUGUUUGGCCACGGUCGUUAUGUUAACGGGUCAUACGCAAGCGUCCAUCCGAACUUGGAUGCCAGGGAGAACCUCUACGACCAACGAACCGCCCCUAUACUUCACAAGUCACUCACCCGCAAUGCCAGCGUGUCUUCCUUCCACUAUUCCAGCUUUGCAGAUAUGGAGCUGUCACCUUCUCGUGAUCCAGGAGUAAUGACGCCAGGCGCCUUCACUUCCUUCGCAUCCAUGGCGCCCGCUCCCUCCACCUCUACUCGACCCGGCCUCCACUCGCGCUCCGUCACCUCACCCUCGGCAUCAAACCAAUACCAACGCCAGUCACCUGGACUCUCCUCGGCCGUCUAUGAAAGCGACAACGCCUUCUCGGACGACGACUUAGCUGCCGGCCGCAGCAGUAGCAGCAACCCCAGCGAAAAGGGCCCCAGCUUCGAACACGUCGUCCGACCGCCUCGGCCCACCGAUGCGCGCAGCAGGUUCCGCAGCGGGGUGAGGAGGUUGACGGGGGGUGGGGGGGACGCGAGGGAGAGGGAGAAGGCGAGGGAGGCGAUCAAGAUGGCGUUGCAGAAGAGCCCCGAGGUGCCGAAAGUGCCGGAUAUUUACCUUGUUAAUCCUAGGAGUGCAGAUCCUUAGCAGGAGUAUCUCAUGCUUGUUUUGUGGCACGUGUACUUUGCAGGCCCCUUCUUCGGUGCAAUGGGGUCGGGUUCUUGAUUCUCGACAUGUAUGUACGCUUCUAUGGAGGGAGGUUGUGGUUGUUUUUCACUUGAGCACUCGAGUGUGUUGUCUGGGUUCAUGUUCGUAUAUAUGCUUCGGUGGGGAACUCGCCCGGUGUUUUUGCUUUCUCUAGAUACCAUGGUACAUACAUACCAAUGCUAAUCCGAUUCAAUACC